UUUCUCCGAGGGAUCUUCCCAGUGUUACAUAUUAAUCAUGAUUUCAUUGCUGGGCAUAGCCCUGCUGGCUUUGACUCUAUCAGGCCCCGCUGUGGCCUUUUUCAUUAUCGAGGAGGGUGUGGCCACUCAUGGUACCAUUACAAAAGCGGCUGUAUUGCAAAAAGUGACGGAGACGUGUCAGGCGGUGGCUGAGGCAGCCGGUCAUGAGUUCAAACCCACGGGUUCCUCUCCUGAAGAGCUGGUCCAAGCCUGUCUCGGUCCCACGGCAACAGGAGAGGUGUCUGGUGCCAAGUUUUACUCUGCUCUUCAAGAGAUCAACAUGCAGAAUUUACUGGUCGACCGUGACUUCAGCAGUGCUCCACAUCACUUCAACUCUGAGGCCAUCUUGGAGGGACGCAGCCUAAUCACGGAGGGAAUGGCGGCCAUUAAAGCCAACAUUCGUAAGGAGAACUUCCAGGCAGCCAGGGAGACUCUGGGUAGAGUCCUUCAUACACUACAGGACUUCUACAGCCACACUAACUGGGUGGAGCUGGGCUACAAAGAGCCAUAUGUCAACCUUAUACGCCCAGAUCUUCCUCUGGAGAACCUGGCAGAUAAGGACACUGCCACCUGCAGCGACUGUGCCAGUGGAACAUGUCCUAAUCUAAUCCUCCCCAACAUCCUCAAAGAGAAGAAGCUCACAUCAGGAUACAUGGGUGUCUUCUCUUCUGACAAACCUAAAGGUAAAUGUAGCCAUGGAGGUGCAUCUGACCUAACUAGCACAGUAGCUCCUCGAAGAGGCCUCAGCAAAGAUGGACGUCGUUUCAGAGGAGACAAACUCCACGAUGAUGCUGCGAAUUUAGCCAUAGCCGCCAGCCUCGAGCUGCUGCAGGACAUCCGCUUAGCUGCAGGGGACAAUGACUUUCUGAGAAUGAUGGGAAUUGCCCGCUCCUCUGUCGUGUGCUUUGUUAUUGACACCACCGGCAGCAUGAAAGACGACAUCGCUCAAGCCAGGGCAACUGUUUAUGAAAUCAUUGACAGCAAAAAAGGAACACAGGACGAGCCCUCUGAAUACAUCCUGGUGCCCUUCAAUGACCCCAGUUUUGGACCAAUGAUCAGGACAACAGACCCUGAUGAGAUGAAAGACAAAAUCUCAAAGCUCAACAUAACUGGUGGUGGUGAUACACCUGAGAUGUGCCUGUCAGGACUUCAGCUGGCUCUCACUGGUGCCCCUUCCUCGUCUCAAAUCUAUGUUUUCACUGAUGCUCCACCCAAAGACAUCGAACUCAUAGGCACUAUCUUUGCUCUCAUGGGAAGCACCAAAUCAACGGUGACAUUCUUUGUCACCGGAGCUGGCAGGAGGCGUCGCCGUUCUCUUAAACCUGGUUCCUUUAGUGACUACAUAGAAUUAGCUCUGGCCUCUGGUGGCCAGGCCAUCCAGGUAUCCAAGAGAGAGCUGCCUCUCGCCACAGAUAUUAUCCUUGACACCUCGACUUCAGCUCUGGUGACAGUUCUUCAGCGAGCAAGGAAUCCUGGGAAGCAAGAGACCUUCCCCUUCAAUCUGGAUAAAACUUUGAGAAACGCCACCAUCUACAUCACAGGAACAUCCAUUACUUUCACGUUGACCAACCCUAGCGGUUUGACCCAGAAUCAGAAUGAGACAAGCGGUCGACUCGCAACCAUCCAGACAGUGGGAAACCUGUGGAGAAUUCAAAUCAACUCUGCUAGGGAGACGGGAGCCUGGAAAAUCCAAAUCAACUCCAACCAGCCAUACACACUCAAAGUCACAGGCCAGAGUACGAUUACCUUCAGCUAUAACUUUGUGGAAAGAUUCAAGGGACCCCACCCAGGUUAUGCAGUACUUAGUGGACGUCCUGAAGCAGGUCAGCCAGUCACCCUGAUGGUCUCAGUAAUAGGUAGGAAAGGUCCGCUCUUACCAAGUGUCAGCGAAGUUGGCCUUGCAAGGAUGUCUGGUCCUGAGGCUGUUACCAGUGGCAAAAUGACCGACAUGGGCAGCGGAGACAUCCUGGUGACUUUUGACACCGUACCUGAGGGGGAGUUUGUGGUCAUUCUGAAAGGAACUUUCCACAGUGAAUUUCAAAGGCAGUCGACCACCCAGAUGUCUGUCUCUAAAGUGAAUAUCCAGGCAGUGGUAAGUCGCACUUUGGAGCCUGGAAAAGCCUUUCAGCUGCCCUUCAGUUUGAUGAGCCAGGGAUCAGGUGGUUCAUACUCCAUCAUCGCCAGAAAUGACAGAGACUUCCCCAUGUCUUACCCUAAGAGCCUCAACUUGACAACUGGAGUAUAUGCUAAUGCUACACUGACCAUUACACCACCUGCCAACACACCGUCAGGCACUGAUACCACUCUGACUAUUCAAGCCAAGUGGGACCGUGGUGCUGACUUCAAUUAUGCUGUCCUGAGACUGUCUGUUGUCACCAAGAUUACAGAUUUUACUCCGCCAUUGUGUGAAAUGGUUAGUGUUCUGACGGAUGACUGCCAUAGCAAUAUGUCUCAGUGUGAAUCUUUCCACUGGCAGCUCUCAGCUAACCUCACAGACGAAAACGGGACCGGGAUUGAGAGCAUUACCCUGCGUAGGGGUGAAGGAAACUUAUCACACACCCCACUGAGUGCUCCAGUCAUCCUGGCAAACUACAACUCCUCCUGCUGCUCGCAGGUUGUCGAGUUCGUAGCUGUUGAUAAAGUUGGCAACGUGGGCAGGUGCUAUUAUGCAAUUGACCCUUCAGGUGGCCCUCCUGCUCUGACGCUGUCGCUGCCACUGUGGCUGUGCCUGCUGGUAUCUGUCUUCAUAGUGAGACCUUAAAGGGCUCAGGCUGGAUUGUGCUGUUUCCUAUGUCUGUGCUGCAACUAGAUUAAAUAGUCGAUUUUUAUGGUGAUGGUUAUAUUUUGCUCAACGGAUAAUCAAUGUAUACUCGUCUGAAAUUAAACAAAAAAAAAA